GUUUCAAGCUUUUCGAUCCAAAAAUUCUGAUUUUUCCCCACCAACAAAUCACGAGAUUCCUCUUUCCGGUGUUGUCUCCGGCGACCUAAAAAGAGUUUAUUCUCGUGGUGGAGAGCAAAUGAGGGAUGUUCUCCUGGUUAGCGAGAAUGGCUCUUUUUUGUUUACGACCUUUGCGUCGAUACGGCCGUAUGAACAGAGAUGAUGAUGAUGAUCACGACGGUGACUCUUCCUCCGGUGACUCCCUUCUUUGGUCUAGAGAACUCGAGAGACAUUCUUUCGGAGAUUUCUCUAUUGCUGUUGUGCAAGCUAACGAGGUUAUUGAAGAUCAUAGUCAAGUUGAGACUGGAAACGGUGCCGUUUUUGUCGGAGUCUACGAUGGUCAUGGUGGUCCUGAAGCUUCUAGAUACAUCUCUGAUCAUCUCUUUUCUAAUUUGAUGAGAGUUUCGAGAGAAAGGAGUUCUAUCUCAGAGGAGACUCUGAGAGCUGCUUUUUCUGCAACUGAGGAAGGGUUUCUCACGCUUGUGCGAAGGACUUGCGGGUUCAAACCGUUGAUUGCAGCUGUUGGAUCUUGUUGUUUGGUUGGAGUUAUUUGGAAAGGGACUUUGCUUAUCGCUAAUGUUGGUGAUUCUCGUGCUGUGCUUGGUUCCAUUGGUAGUAAUAAUAAUAGGUCUAACAAGAUUGUAGCUGAGCAAUUGACAAGUGAUCACAAUGCUGCUUUGGAAGAAGUUAGACAAGAGGUUAGGUCGUUGCAUCCGGAUGAUCCACAUAUCGUUGUUCUUAAACAUGGUGUGUGGCGCAUCAAAGGCAUCAUUCAGGUAUCUAGAUCGAUAGGGGAUGCGUACUUAAAGCGCCCAGAGUUCUCUCUUGACCCUUCAUUUCCGCGGUUUCACCUCGCUGAAGAGCUACAAAGACCGGUUUUAUCACCAGAGCCUUCUGUCUACACAAGAGUCUUACAAACAAGUGACAAGUUUGUGAUAUUCGCAUCAGAUGGACUCUGGGAACAAAUGACCAACCAGCAAGCUGUAGAAAUAGUGAAUAAACACCCUCGUCCUGGAAUAGCUCGAAGGCUGGUGAGAAGAGCGAUGACCAUAGCUGCGAAGAAGAGAGAGAUGAAUUACGAUGAUUUGAAGAAAGUGGAGAGAGGAGUGAGGAGAUUCUUUCAUGAUGAUAUAACGGUGGUUGUGAUAUUCAUAGACAAUGAGCUUCUUAUGGUGGAGAAAGCUACUGUUCCUGAAUUGUCCAUUAAAGGUUUUUCUCAUACCGUUGGACCUUCCAAGUUCAGUAUCUUCUUCUCUUAGAAUUUUAUUUUGCAUUUCGUUAUUUUACUUACCACAGAUUUGAUAAAAAUGAACACGGAUCGAUUUUGUACCAACACGUUUGAUUUUAGAUACAAAAUUGUAGGUAAACAAUCCUUGAACUGGUCAUUUGUAAUUCCAAUAAUCAAAAUGUAUCCUAAUG